AUGUUACACUCAAGAGCCGUUCGCAUUCUUACGAUCUUUUUCGCAACAGUUAAUAUCUCUUACGCCCUUCCACACCAUAAUACCAGAUCACCAUAUCCCCCCCCAACAACUUCACUAUUAAAUCGGCGAGCAACUGCGAUCGACUUUGUCGCCUAUGCAGCAGCAGGUAUUGAUCAGAUGCAGACAUAUUAUUCGGCAUCCACAGGUCUCUGGUCAAACGCAUGGUGGAACAGCGCAAACGCUCUCACCUUGCUCGCAGACUUCCAAGAAUACUUCCCUGAUAAAGCCAAACCGACGACAAACACGGUCUUUCCGACGACACUGAAGCAGGCUCCCGCCAACCUGGGUUUCGCAAGCUUCAUAAAUGGGUUUUAUGACGAUGAGCUCUGGUGGGUUCUUGCCUGGAUCAAAGUAUACGAUGUCACUGGCGAUACGACAUAUCUCGAUACGGCAGCAACACUGUUUGAAAACUCAAAGAUUGCAUGGGGUACAACUCCAGCAGCAUGCAAAGGCGGUCUUUGGUGGGACAAAGCACAUACCUCAGUGAACGCCGUAGCAAAUGCACUUUACAUUACUGCUGCGGCAAAGCUAGCCAAUCGUAGACCCAGCACCCCAUCUUCGGGGUAUUACUACGAUGAAGCUGUCAAGGCGACCACUUGGUUCAUGAACUCGGGGAUGAUCAACUCCCAAAAUCAAAUCAAUGACGGUCUCGACCUAGCUAAUAAUUGUGUAAACAACAAUGGCCCAGUUUUUACCUACAACCAAGGAAUAAUACUCAGCGGCCUGGUGGAGCUAACAUGGGCAAGUGGAGACGAUAGCUACAACGAGCUAGCCAACACCCUCGCGACGGCCACAAUCAGCAUUAUGACUGAUGCAAAUGGCAUCUUACAUGAGGCGUGCGAAUCAACUGGUGGCUGCGAUUCCAAUCUCCAACAAUUCAAAGGAAUCUUUGGUCGAAACAUACAGUUUCUGUACAACAGGGCGAAUAUUUUGCCAGCGAACACCAAGACAUUGUAUCAGAGCUUCUUGCAAACGAACGCCAAUGCCAUUUGGGCGAAUGAUCAAGUGGAUAACCAGUUAGGGUUGGUUUGGAGCGGCCCUUCCUCCUCGAUGGCGACGCUUCAGACGCAGAGCUCGGCUUUGGAUGCCAUCGUUGGAGCAGCCGCUGUCUCUUGA